CGGUUCCUUCCUCCUUAUCAAAUGACAUCACCACGUCAGAAUAAAGAAGUGCCAGCAUGGCGUUCACCCUGUACUCCCUGAUACAAACGGCUAUAUUAUGCACCAAUGCCAUAGCCGUUUUGCACGAAGAACGGUUUUUGAGUAAAAUUGGUUGGGGAGCGGAUCAAGGCAUCGGUGGAUUUGGAGAUGAACCUGGGAUUAAAGCACAGCUCCUGAAUCUCAUUCGCUCCGUCAGGACAGUGAUGAGAGUGCCGUUAAUAAUAGUCAACUCGGUGAGCAUUGUAUUACUACUACUGUUUGGCUGAGGUACCCCGGGGGAAUCGGACAAAACGAAUAACAUCUGCAAAAGAAAAUACGGACUAUCCAGCAUGGUCGUCACGGUUGUCGCCACUCUGCAGUUUCCGGGGAAUUCUGAAGCGUCUCCACUCAAGUCUUAUUUUGCACCUGUUUUUUGUAUCACAACGGCAGUGAAUGAUGAAUUGUCUUUUGUAUCACUAUACCUUACAGCAUGCCAAUGUCUCUGUUGAUAUUGAUGAGCUUACAGUUUCACAGACAGGCUUUCUCUGAAAUGCAGGAAGACUAAAAAAACAGCAUCUGUCUGUGACAGAGCAAGGGGGGAAAAACCCAUAUCUUUCUAUCCUGGGACAUUGCCUUGAACACAGUUCCUUCGGUUUAAAAUAAAGUAUUUCAUUUGUCACCCGAUGUGCACUCCAACAGCCCACCACACAGAUUUCCAUGUGGAUUUUAUUUUUCUGCUGAGCAUUACAACUUCUACCUGUACAAGUGAUCUAGCCUUGUAGAGAUACAUAGGGAAUCUGUCUGCAGGGAAUAGGGGAUACAGUUGCUGUAAAUGCAGUUUAUGGUACUCCUCCAUCAACUACCAUGUGAUCCAGUGAGACUCUGUGUUGUCACCUAAAGCCAUCCACUGUUCUGUUUAGAAAGACUAUUAUAACUAAAGAAGUACAAUUCAGAUUGUAUGCUGCGGUAACUGGAUACAAUGACACAACAUUCUGCCCACCUCCAAGGCUGUUACUGGAAAUGUGUGCAUCAUGUCAUUCUUUUCAAGUGCACAGUUAGAUGUCUGGUGUGCACAAAUGUUGUUUUUUUUUACAUAUUAAAUCAUAACAUGUCACUCAUGUCAGAUGUUUUAAUAAAAAAACAGUAGAACUUG